AUGAUGAUGAUAGAUAUAACCAUAACGGGUAUCAGUAUUUCAAUGAUAAUGACUUUGCCACUGAUGUUCCUGAAGGAAAUAUGGCUGCUGAGCAAACUAAGUCAAGUGUCAAGGCACAUGAGGGAGUUACUGAUGGUGUUUCUGAGGAACGACACUGAUUUGAAAAAGGAUGCAUAUGCAGAUAGAGCACUAUCUGAACCGCUGUUGGUCAAUUUGGUCCCUGAUCUACCACAUCAGUUUUAUGCGGAUUGCAGUGUUUUUAGUACUGCUUUUGCUGAGUAUUUCAUCAUGGGGAAAAAUAGACAAGAAGAAUUUUGACAUCGAUACAUAUCGCACAAGAAUUGGAUCCUAGUUGUGGCAAUAUAGAUUGAACAAACAACAACUUGGUGUCGUGAGUGACGAUGAGGUCAAGGGCGG